AUGCUAUCAACCUCCGCCUCCGCCUCCACCUCCGCAAUGCCGUCUCAUCUCACUCGCCACGUCUUCCGUCAGUUACUGUCCAACAAGCCCAUCAUCUCGCGAGCAUGUGCCUGUCGAGCACCGAGAACCACGCUCGCUUUCCAGAAUGUAUACUGUCGUCAGCAGCGCCGUACAAUCUUCGGCUUCCUGCGCAAGCCGGAGCGGAAAGUCAAGCUUGAGGCAGACCUCGACCCAGGCCUGGGCAAGAUGCUGGAGCUCGGUAAGAUGGCCCAGUUAAAAACUCGACCGCCUCCUGGGGAAGAUCUGGCAAAAGCGUGGGUAGACUUCUUCCGCGCAAAGGCUCGCUCGAAGGAGCCGCUUGAGGAUAUGCAGUCCUCGUAUGCGCUUUGGACUUUUACCCACUUGCAAAAGAACCCAGGGUCCGGUGGGGAGCCGUGGCUCGAUCUUGAGGACUUGAGGGUUGCGAGGGACGCAUUAAUACUGGCUCCCACUACACGAAGCGGUACGCAUGCCCAGUUGGCGAAAGCACUGCACCAGGAAAUACUGGCGAGGAAGGCUGCGGACCCAUCAGAGCCAGCCGACAGCGUGGACUGUGAUCUACCACCUCUCAUCGCUACCCUCUGCAAUGCUGGAGAAGCACUCGAAGCUCGAGGGAUAGUGAACAAGGUGUGGCAAGAAGGAAAUGCUACUAGGCAGCCUUUAACGCUCUGGAGAUACGUCGUCCAGGGUUUUGCCAAGGAGGGUAACGAGCAGGAGCUUCUAGCAACCCUCGAAAUGAUGCAGCGACACAAAGUACCGUUUGGCAGGAAACUCCGUGGAGCCGUAACCAUUUUCUUUGCUGAGAGGGGUGAUCUUGCCCGGACGAAGUACUGGUUCAACUAUCCCGUCACCAAUCAGCCUACAGGUCCAGAAUUAUCCGCAGAUCAUGAUGUGUAUUCCUCCGUCCUGAGAUGCGCUUUGCAAAACAACGAUCUGGAAUGGGGACAGUCGAUCAUUCGAUCCAUCGCAGACAAGAACCCUCCCAAGAAACUGUGGGACGCCUUCUUCAUAUGGGCGGCUGGGACCGGGAAGGGAGUCGAAGAGAUAGACCGCAUGAUGAGAGUUAUGGUCAAAGCAAAUCCUGACGGAACAGACUUGGAAACCAAGCGACCGGAUGUCGAAACCAUCAACAAGUUAGUCGAGUUUGCCAUGUCACGAAACGACCCUUACUUCGCUGAACGCAUCAUUUUGCUCGGCCAGCAAUGGGACAUCCGACCGGAUGCGAAGACCUACAUCCUGCAGAUCAAUUACCGUCUUUCUAUCGGAGACGUGGACGGAGCCAAGGCAGCCUACGCCAAGCUACAAGCCGAGGAGGUACUUAACAACGAAGAUAUCCCUGCCAUCAACCGCCUAGUCCAGUCCAUGUGCGCCGCCCGCCGCUACUCCGUCGACGACAUCAUGGCCGUCGUCCAAGACCUCAAUGCCCGCCGCACCCGCUUCGAGCCAGACACGGUGUCCGCCCUCUGCCUACUGCAUCUAGAGCGCGACGAGCUCCACGAUGUCAUCGACCUGCUCCAAACCCACACCUUCCACUUCAGCAUGACGCAGCGCGCCGCCAUCCGGAACGUCUUCGUCAACUUCUGCCUCAACAGAGCAAACAGCACGGGCCGGGUGUGGGACACCUACAUGAUCUUCCACCAGAUCUUCGACGAGACUGACCGCACCAUCCGCACGCAGAUCAUGGCUGAGUUCUUCCGCCGCCGCCGCCCGGACAUGGCUGUUCAUGUCUUCAACCAUAUGCGCCAGCACAUCCGUCCGGAUACCCGCGCCGACAUCUCAACCUACGUCGCCGCGCUGGAGGGCAUCGCGCAGGCCUCAGGCGGCAACGGCCAGGACGCAGAUAUAGAGAGCCUCGAACUCGUACAUAACCAGAUGAAGCUCGACUCGGAUAUCGAGCCCAAUACCCAACUGUACAACGCGCUCAUGCUUGCUUACACGGCGUGCGAGCAGCCACAGCGCGCCCUCGAGUUCUGGGAGGAUAUUGUAGGCUCCCGUGAGGGGCCUAGCUAUAACAGCAUCCUGAUUGCGCUCUGGGCGUGUGAGAAGGCGCCAUUUGGUGAUAGGCCGGCGAAGAGCAUCUGGACGAGGUUGCGGAAGAUGGAGAUUGAGAUUACGCCGCAGCUGCUUGCGGCGUAUGUGGGCUCGCUGGCGGGGAAUCAUUUGCUGGACGAGGUAAAGGCGGAAGUUGGGAGGAUGAAGGAGAUGGUGGGGGUGGAGCCUGAUGCUUUUACAUUGGGAACCAUUUUCAACGCCACGACAGGUUAUAGUAAGCAAGAAGAGGUGGAACAGUGGAUCAGAGAGGCUUAUCCCAGUAUUUGGGAAGAGCUCGAGAAAACCGGCGUCAAGACAAGCCAGGAGACCGGCCUAAGGCGUUUUAACAUCGACCGGCCACUUAUGCCUUGA